CUCGUCUUCAUGCUUUGUUCAACAUUAGUAAUUCAAACUCCUUCUUUCCCUUUAGGCUUCUGGUCUUGUGUGUUUUCUCUCGCACUGGUACGUCCGUGCCUUCUACUUCCCGCGGCGCACCUCCCCAUUGCGGAGCUGUCCGGCGCAGUGAAGUACGUUGAGGGUGAAACACGCGGAGACCUCAUUCCGUGGCGGCGACCGGUUCAACCUGCACUGCACACUCACCCGUGUGCGAGAGGUGCCUGGCGUCACCUUGUGCUCCUCUUCCUUCUCCAGUGGCAUCGUUAAUGCUGCUGUGUUUCAACUUUAUCAGUCAACGCAAGUGCUGUCGCGGCUGCUCUUCCAGUUUGAACGGCGCUAUUCCCGUAACUCACAUCAAAACUUUCUUUUGGCGUCCGACGCCUUUCUUUUCUGUAGGGCACCUCUUUUGCUCCCGUCUUUUUCUUUAGGGGCCCUCGCAGAAUGAAUGCGAAGCUGGGGAGCUGAGCGACGCUGCCCUGCGCGCAGCCGUGCACGUAGGCAAGCACGCCUCAUUGCGCUUGUUCCACGUGCUGGAGCGCCGUCGAUGGCUGACGACACAGAGGCGCUGCCUGCCGCACGACCUGCGCUGAAUCAACAAUGAAGAUAGCAUUUUCUCACACAACCUUUUCUUUUUCUUUAAAGCGAGCAGCCGCACUGGCUUCUGCGAGUGCGACGGUCGUUGGCCAAAGUUUUCUUUACUCCUUUGUUUCCUGAUUCUGUUUCUUGUGUCUCGAACUGCGCCGCACCGUGGCACCUGUUUGCCGGAGUGGGCGACGGAGCCGUCCUUGGGCAGGGCGGUGUGUCCGCCGUGGCAGCCCGGUUAUCGGUGUGGCGGAGGUGUGGGCGAGGACUUCUCAUGCGCGUCGCACAGGCACGUCGGUGCACCUGUGCUUGACUUCAUUUUCGCGGCUUGCGGAGCGAGCGUUGCGUCUCUCACGACCGGCUGCUCGUCUGCGCUGGGGCGCUGGCUUCCCGUGCGCGUGUGUUGGCCCUCCGCCCCCCUCUUGUUUUCGAGACUUUUUAUUUCUAUUUCUAUUUCUAUAUGGUUCCACACGUAGGUUCCUUCUCCCUUCCGAAUUUCUCACUGCCGACACGACGCCCGUCGGCGCACUCCGCUGCGCCUGUGCCUUGUGUCCCUCGACCGUGCUGUGCCGUCGGAGCCGCGACGGCAUCACGAGCGUGUCGCGGUGCGGCGUGGUGUGGAUGGAGGGUGCCGCUGGCUGCCCUCUCUGCACCAUCCACGGUGCGCCGUUUGUGGCGACGAGGCUCGAAGGGAUGAUGGUGUGCUGGGCGGGUUUCCCUGCGCUGGAUGCCGGGUGCGCUCGCGUUUUGAAUGAUGGCGCCGUUCACUCUCCUCUCCUCUCUUUCCUUCCUUCCUUCCUUUCUCUCUUCUCUCCGCUGUAACAUGAAGCGGACCGUCCCACCUUAGGACGCGAAGGUGCGUUUGCGCGAUGCUUCUGCGGUUUCCCGUGCACCCCCAGCCCCCUCCUUCCGCCGCACCCGAAUUGCGCUCCCGGUUUCCGUCCUUUGCUGUUCUGCGGGGCGUGGGGUGUAUCGGGUGGUCGAAGCCGCGCGCGGGGAGGUGGAAGGAAGGAAGUGCCCAACGGCCCUUUGGCAAAGUGGUGAUGCACGGCUUUCGUGUCCGGGGCUCCGUGGUGGGCUUGGCCCCGGGCACUCGCGGGGCGGUGUGGGCAGUGUGCUGGGCAACGAUGUCUUGUCGAUGUUUCUGUGCGUCCGGCGGCUCCCUCGUGCGACUCCGCACCUCUCUGCUGCUGACGCACCUGGAGAGGACUGAGCGGUACUGA